AUGAGGACAGAUCACAAGAAAACUCAAAAGGUCACCGCUGAAAGGAAUUGUGCAGUGAAAGAGAAGUUAUUAAAGACUGCAUGGAAAUGCAUAUCAUCUUGGAUGACUGAGAAUUCAGUGGCAUUUAAUACCGUUCGUUGCCCAAGUUUCAAAGAAAUGAUCUUUGCAAUUGGUGAUUAUGGGAAAGGUUCAGUAUUUUUGAAGUCUGUGGAUGCCUCAGAUAGAACCAAUGAUGCCGAUUUCAUUCGUAAGCUUGUAAAGGAGGUAAUUGCUGAUGUUGGUGCAGAAAAUGUGGUUCAGUUCAUUACUGAUAAUGGUUCUAACUUCAAAAAGGCAGGGAAGGACUUAAUGCUAGAAUACCCACAUAUAUUUUGGACUCCUUGUGGUGCUCAUUGUGUUCAGUUGAUGCUAGAAGAACUUGGUUCCAAGCUUCCAAGAAUCAAGACAGCCAUCAUACUAGGUAAGAGACUAGUUACAUAUAUUUAUGCUCAUUUUCAAGUAUUGAGCUUAAUGAGGGAGUUGACUGGUGCAAACUUACAUAGGUCUACAAAAACUAGAUUUGCAACUCAAUAUUACACACUAGAGAGUCUUCAAAAGUAUAAAACUCCUCUGCAAAUGGUGUUUGUGAAUGAUGGGUGGGUAAAAACUAGGUUUGCAAGAGAAAAUGUGGGAGUAAAUGCACUUAAAAUUGUUACAAAUAUCAAAUUUUGGGAAGAUGUCGAUUACUCUUGUAGGGUGCUAAAGCCUUUAGUUAAGGUAGUAAGAUUAGUGGAUAUCGAACGCAAACCUACAAUGCCUUCUUUUUAUGAGGCAAUGAGAAUAGCAAGGGAUCAACUUGAGAAGAAUUUGGCUGAAGAUAAUGAUACUUGGCUCAUUUGA